AUGGAGGCAUCUGAGCAGCUCAAGCAGAACCCCUACGUUGAAACCAAGUCGCCCAGGGAGGCAAAUGUGGAGAAUGGCACUUCGUUCGUGAAUGGCGCUUUACGUGCCCCUCGUGGCUCCGUGUCUGCGUAUUCGUGGGAGAACUUGGGCAUGCUGGCUCACUCAGCUGGUGUUGGUAUCGUCAACAGCACCAUGAGUGGAAUUGUCUACGCCGUGUUAAAUAACUACCUCCAUAUGUCUGCGACUCUGGUUGCUACGGCCGUUGCCCUCAUCCAGUUCCCUCGCAGCCUCCGUUUGUUCACCGGAAUGCUGACGGAUACAAUUCCGAUCUUUGGCUACCGUCGUCGCCCAUACAUGGUGAUCGGGUGGGGAAUGACGUUCCUGUCGUGCUUCCUCAUGGCGGUGCUGCCUCUUGGUGACCCCUACUACGGAGAUCAAUCCAUAGCCAACUUGGACACUAGUGAGCUCACCCCCGAGCAGCUUGCGACCAUCGACACGGACGCUCCCAAUCGCGGUAUCAAGAUGAUUAUCUUGAUGAUGAUCGCCAAUUUCGGUACUGUGCUCGCAUACAGUGGGUUCAACGGUACAAUGAUCGAAAUCUCGCAGCAGGAGCCUGCUCACAAGCGUGGUACCGCCAUGGGUGACUGCAACGUUAUAUUUUACUGGUUCGCGACCGUAUCGGCUUUCUUUACGGGUCUUGGUCUCAACAGCGAAGAUUACGGGGGAACCUUCUCAUGGUCUAUCGGCUUCAACGCGAUCAUGGGCGUGUGCGCUGGUAUGUCACUCAUCGUGUUGCCCUUCUGCUGGUUCUGCAUCCAAGAAGAGCGCGUCACGACUGGUCUGUCAAAGUCGGUCUUCAUAUUCCUCUACGAGCUGCUUCAGCGUAAAACCAUUUACCGGUACAUCGCCUUCCGCUUCUUCUACAACGUGUUGGCUAUGAUUUCCGUGACUUCGUCGAGUGCGAUUCAAAGCACGUGGGCUGGUGUUGAGCCCAUAAACAACGGUAUCGCAGCAAUGAUUGCCGCUUUCCUGACCAUGCUUGGAACAUACUUGAUUAAGAAGUACGGUCUUGCCUGGAACUGGCGCUACAUCAUCAUCUUCGCGCAGAUGCUUGUCGUGAGCCUUGACGUUAUCCCGACAAUGUUCACGAUCUGGGAUGUGGUCCGCAGCCAGUGGUUCUGGCUUGGUGUCCCGCUACUCGAGAAGAUCCCGACCGCUGCUACCGAUUUCAUCGGUGCGUUGUUUAUGCUUGAGGUUGACAGUGAAGACUUCGAGGCCACCUUAUUUGGUCUGGCCGUGACCUCGCAACGUGUCGGUAUCCCAUUUGCCACGGUUAUCACCAAAUCAGUCGACGGCUACUUUGACAUUGAGCGUGAGUACAUCCAGCAGGACGAUCACCACGUUCGCUCGCAGGUCACGUACGCUUAUAUCAUUGCCUACGCAUUGAAUCUCUUUGCUAUCGUGUUCGUCCAACUGCUCCCGAACCAGAAGGACGAGCUUCAUCGACAGCAGCGCGACGGUGCCAAGAACAAGAUCGCGGGCAUCGUGUCGAUUUGCGUUCUUAUCUUUGCUCUGGCCUGGUCACUGAUGACCAACAUUUUGAGUUUGUUUGACUCGACGAGCUGCUUGCGGAUUGCUGGUGGCAGCGGAUGCUAGAUUCAAGGUGCUUCUAUAUUGACCACGGGUUAAUGUCCGUUAGAUAAAUACUGGCCUGCGCUAGUAAAACUUCAUUUUUCGAUACGUU